CGUACCAAUGUGACUUUCGAGAAUUUUGGAACAAGGUCACUUUGUUUUCACAAACAGCAGUAAGCGACGAGUGAUGUUUUAAAGGGGCGGUGACAUUGUUGCUUAAAAGUACAAUUGGCCAAAAUCCUCAAGGUAUUUCCGGGGUACUUCGGUAUGACUGCUCUGACAAUGGGGCAAAAGGCCAAUUUGAUUGGACUCCCUUUCCUGGUUCUGCUGUUUGGUAUCGUAGCUCAUGCUCAAACACCAAGCUCUGUUGCUCAGGGGACUGAUUGUACUCAGAUAAAGGCGCAGGCUCCUGGAGCUGAUAGUGGCUUAUACUGGAUCAAGCCUCCUGGUGUGGAACAGCCCUUCCAGGUGUCCUGCGAGAUGCUGGCAGACGGGGGAUGGACCUUGUUUCAGAGGCGCACUGGCGGGAGUGUGCCCUUCAACAGGAAUUGGGCGGAGUAUAAAAAUGGAUUCGGAAACAUACAAUCUGACCAUUGGCUAGGGCUGGAGCAGGUGCGGUCUCUGGUGCAGGACACUGGUCGACAGUGGACCUUGAGGGUGGACCUUUGGGACUUCGAAGGGGGCACCGCAUUUGCGGAGUACAGUGACUUUCGACUAGGUAGUGAAGAGGAAGCCUACAACCUGACGGUUGGGGCCUUUACUGGCACUGCAGGUGAUGCCAUCCGUGGAGCCUAUGAAGGCAUCGACCAGAACGGCUACGGCUUCAGCACCAGCGAUCGGGACAACGACGGCUGCUCCCCGUGCAUUUUUGGGGAUAUCGCGGAGGAUGAUUGCAGCUGGUCGGAGGGGGGUGGGGGCUGGUGGUACAGCCGCUGUGGCUCCGCCAGUCUCCACGGUGAUUGGCACCCUGGCGACGACAAUGUGGGCUGGGCCUCUGGCCUCCAUUGGAGAACUUGGAAUGGCCCCGCCCCCUACUCCGCCAAGGCCACACGCAUGAUGAUCAAGGCACAGUGACUGAAGGUCCACUCCUUCACUACUGUCACCAAAGUUUCCCUUAUGUCAUAACAUUCAUAUAAGUUAAGUUCAGUAACUUUUCUAACUAGAGUCUCUUUAAUUCAAAGUCUGUCUUGCAAAUACCUGGGAUUCAUUCAUGCAUGCAUGCAUGCUCUUAAUAUAGUUUACAGCCAUACAGUCAAAAUUUUAAGUGGCACUGCAUGCUUUUAGAAAGAAACAUUGCCAAAAUAUGCGGAAUCGAUACAAAUGGAUGAGGCUGGGUUCAGAUCUAGUGUGAUGGUGUGACUUUUGUGACAUUAACACUUUUUGUUGGGUUGGUACUAACUAUUGGCUGUAGUGGCUUCCUUUUAAAUAAACUCAUUUGUGAAACA